UAUGAUGGGAUUUAAUACGCUCGCUGAGAUUGAUCGGGACAUCACGGGAGCGAGAAUAGCCAACAGGAUUCAGGUUCGGUCGAGGAUAAAACAGAGGCGGCCACAGUUGCCCUUCCACCCCCCACAUUCACAAGGGAAGUUCCCCACCGAACCCGCCAGCAUCCACGUUGACCGCGACGGGCCCCAUUCUCACAGCUGUUGACAACUUCCCUGGUUUCGCAGACCCAACUGUCACCGAGGGCUACCGGUUCUCGACUAAACCUACGGCAACUUGUCCCUACCCGUUCCCCCUCUUUAAGUUAGCUCUACUGCAUUGAAAAGAUGCUGCUAAAGCUAUAGUUGCUCGACCAUUAACUCCCUCCCCCUCCCUCCCUCCUAUAUAAAAGCUCUCACACCCUUUACUUAUUCGUUCCCUGAGACUCCUUAGUCCUUUCCCCUGAGAAGAGAAAGGAACCAAACUCUACGGUUGGAACUGCAAUGGUGUUCUUCUGCUUCCUAGUGGAUCAGACGAAGAAGGUCAGCAGCAGCAAACCGGCAGCCGGGAUCUGCUCGAGGUGCGGAGGUGGGGCCAGCGUGGCGGACAUGAAGACAGCCACGAGAUUCUGCUAUGUGCCCUUCUACUGGAAAUCUUGGAGAGCCAUCAUCUGCACCUUCUGUGGAGCCAUUCUUCGAUCUUACCGAUGAUCAUAGACCCUUUCAUGGUCUUUUUAGAUGCCACUGCUAUAUAUAUAUAUAUAUAUGACUAUUCCAAAAUUCAUAUUUUCUCUCUCUCUUUCCUUUUUCUUAUGGUGACUGAAUCCUUCUGACUGUUCGCUUAGUCCCUAUUUAUAGAGAAAAUAUCGGGUGAAUAAUACACAACCACCCAAUACUUUCUCCUACCUAUAUAAUUUAGUUUCACUGUAACUAUAACUCCCAAGCUUCUUAUAACUUUCUAUCUAUGAAUGAAUAUAAAGUAUAUGAGAAAUUUUAUCAAGCUGAGGUGAUUUUUCUUCGA